AUGGCAAGGCCAGAUUCCCCGAUGGACGACUCACCACUAUCAUCAAUGUCUUCCUCCGAGGACGAGUUUCCCGACGAGGUCACCGAGGUUAUGGACGACGGCCCACCACCCAAGCGCCUCAAGAUCACCGCCCGUUCGAACACGCCCUCGGCCGUGGCGCCGGAGCCCGAGGCAGGCCCCGACCCGCUCGAGGGAAUGUCGGACGUAUCUUCCGACACCGAUGGCGACGUCCCCAGCUCGCCAAUCAAUGCGCGACAAGACGAAGAUGACUUCCAGGAGCAGAUCACCGUUUGCGCGUGGGAAGGGUGCAGGACCGGGGAGAUGGGCAACAUGGACAAGCUCGUCGAGCACAUACACAACGACCACAUUGAGAGCAGACAAAAGAAGUAUACUUGUGAGUGGGUUGGUUGCUCGAGGAAGAGCAUGCCGCACGCCAGCGGAUACGCCCUGAAGGCCCACAUGAGGAGCCAUACGAGGGAGAAACCAUUCUACUGCUACCUGCCCGAAUGCGAUCGCGCAUUCACCCGCUCCGACGCUCUCGCCAAACACAUGCGCACCGUGCACGAAACCGAAGCGCUCCGGCCCUCCGACCCGGUUCCCAAGAGCAUGCAAGCCGCGACGGGCAAGUCCAAGAAUCUAAAGAUCAUCAUCAAAACCCCACAAUCCCAUGCCGCCGGCCAUGACGAUGCCGUCGACGACGGCAGCGCGGGUGACGAGUCCUCAAGCGACAUGUUCACCCCCUUGACCGAAGACCAGGGGUUCGCUUCCGACGAGAUCAAGAUGCCGCUCGAGCGGCUUAUGAAGCUCUGCCGGCUGCAGGUGAAGUGGGCCGAGGAGGAGGGCGAGCAGCUGCGCGCCGAGUGCAAGCAGUGGGAGGAGCUGUACAAGCAAGAGUGGGUUGAGAAGGAGGUGCUGCUGGAUCAGGUAGUGGACAGCGAGCAAACAUGGCGGACUCGGCGUCAGGUGGUGCUUGCGACGCCGGACGAUGGUGACGCGGUGAUGGCGGCGGAUUCGAAGGAGCCGACUGCAAUUGAUGUCUGA